CAUUCCUCCACUCUCUACCGGAAUAUUACCAUCUUCAACCCCACCUUCUGCUAUCCCCGCAUCUGACCCAAGAUCCUUAUUUUUCAACCCUGUUUAUCCUAGCUGCAAUCUUGUCGAGCCGUUUUGCGAUAAAUCCCCUUGACCUCCUGAUCAUGUUCCGACAAUGAGUUUCAUCCCUCAGUUUGGCAAUCUGCCCACCAUCCAGACCCGCAAAGCUCUUCUCCUCCUAGAUCUCCAGAAUGACUUUGUGCGAUCGAAUGGAGCCCUGCACGUUCCUAACACCGCUGACUUCCUAGAGAACAUCCCUCAACUCGCCAGCGCCUUCCGCCGAAAUGGGGAUGUGGUGUGGGUGCGCUCCUACUACCAGUCCUCGCAACCUUUGAUCAGCCCAUCGGACGGCCAGGACCUGGUGGUGCUCAGUCGACAGGAUCAGGACGCGCGAGCGAAGCGUACAUCAGAGGAUGAACCCGUAGAUGGCGACUGGAAGAUGGACGAUGGCCACACCAUCGACGAGGAGGCCUUCCUUUCAGCCAAGACACCGCGGUGCUGUGUGCCGCAAACGCCCGGCGCGCAGUUCCCCGCACCCGUCUUCGCGGCCAUCGACUCAGGAUUAGAUACCCUGAUCGUCAAAUCGGGGUACUCCGCGCUCGGCGACCACAAUCUCAUCCUCUCCUUCCGCACCCGGUUCAUCACCGAGCUCUAUCUCUGCGGGUCGCUAUCUAAUGUGUCCGUCUACGCCACCGCUCUCGACGCCGUGCGACAUGGCUUUUCAGUCACUCUGAUCGAGGAUUGCCUCGGGUACCGCAGCUUCCCCCGCCACGAGGAGGCAAUGCGUCGCAUGGCGGACAUCUUCGGGGCCAGCGGGAUCACCACGCAGGAGCUGCUGGAGGAGCUGGAUUGGGAGGAGACCGACGCGAUCGCCAGAAGUGGCAACCCCCGGCCGGUGCGAACGGCGAAUCGUGCUGAAAUUGAAGGCGUCAUGGACGGACUGGGGUUCGGGUCCAAAGCCCGAUCGGCGGCCAGGGAUGAGAGCCCGGAGGCUUUGGUUGGCAGCGGCCGGCGCCGCAGGAUCGAAGAUCUCAUGGCGGAGUUCUCCGACCACGACAACCAGAGCCUGCAGGAGCUGGCUAAUAUCGCCCGCGCACGAGUGCGGAAUGCAUCGGAGGCGCAACCCGCGGAUUCUGGCGCUGUCAAGGCCCGUACACGUGUCCGUCGCACGAAGAGACCGGAUGCCAAGGGCGAUUCAGGUGCGCGCACAGACUCGCGCCGAAGCGGGAAGUUGAAGAAACGCGAUGUGUAUAGGCCGGGCGACGUGAUCGGUGAGGGGGACGCCAGAAUUAUAUACGAUUUGGAGCUACCAGAGAAAGCCUUCGAGAAGAUUCGGGAUGAGGUAGCUUGGCAGAAGAUGUAUCAUCUAUCUGGGCAGGUCCCGCGGUUGGUGGCGGUGCAGGGGCGUGCGCUGGAUGAUGGAUCCAUUCCGAUCUACCGUCACCCAGCGGACGAGUCGCCGACACUGCAACCGUUCACUCCUACGGUGGACGAGGUACGGGUUGUCGUCGAGCGUAUUCUGGGCCACCCACUCAACCAUGCACUUAUCCAACUGUAUCGAGACGGACAAGACCGCAUCUCGGAGCAUUCGGACAAGACUUUGGAUAUUGUGCGGGGCUCGUUCAUAUGCAAUGUCAGUCUUGGUGCUCAACGAGUGAUGGUGCUGCGGACCAAGGGGAAAGAGUCGGAAGGCACUGAGAGCGGUCGCCUUACGCAACGCAUCCCUAUGCCUCACGAAUCACUGUUCAUCCUUGGGGAGAAGACGAACAUGCGAUGGCUGCACGGGAUUCGGCCCGAUAAGCGGGCCACGGACGAGAAGUCAUCGGAGGAGCGAGCGUAUGGCGGAAAGCGGAUCUCCCUGACUUUUCGUCACAUUGGCACCUAUGUCAACCCAACUGGAGACGCGAUCUGGGGCCAAGGUGCAGUGUCCAAAACUCAGGAUCGUGCUCAUGCAGUGAUCCACGGGCACCCAGAGGAAACUGAGUGCUUGAUUCGGGCGUUUGGGCAAGAGAACCACGCGACCGAAUUUGACUGGGAUGGGGUCUACGGCGCGGGCUUCGAUGUUGUCAACUUUGUUACGGCUACGACCGCCAAGCUUGUGGUCGGGCCGGACCCUGUGGCUAAUCUUCGGGUGCGUUUGUGUCUGGACGAGAACGGACUUCGCUACGACGCGACCACCGUCACGGGCGCAGAUCUGCCGCUUUACAUUGAUGGUAAUGGAGCUGAGGUGGCUGGCGAUUCCAACAUCCUGGCUUAUUUUGCCACUCACGCCUCGGAGCUCGUGCAACCGGGCGUGGACGCUCUGCGCGGGGGGAGCCUCCUAGUCGAGAUCGACCAACUCCUAGCCACCUGGCGCAAUCAGAUGGAGCGAUCGGGGAGCGUCCAAAUUUUGAAUAGGUGGGAAGCAGUAUUCCAAGCACAGCCAUUCGCAAGUGGUGCCUCCUUUGGAAUCGAUGACUGUUCUCUCUGGCCCGUUCUUUGGGAGAUUCAGGCAGCCGGCCAGUUUUCCAGCACUACGUACCCAACCCUGAUGCAAUAUUACACCCGAGUGGAGAAGCGUGGAAUAGUGAAAACCACGCUGGAGGAGAUAGCACAAGGACCCUCAGGCCCGAAUUUACAGAUGUCCAAUUCUCGAUUACGAACAUAAGCGAGCCAGUUCAGAUACCAUUGCAAUGCACCAACUACCACUAUACAUAAUAACUCCUGUCCUUGAUCCCCCCACGCCUUGCCUUCACAUUCGUUCAAUCACAAACACGUCCCCUCAAAGCUCGUCGUCGUCAAGACA